GGCGCCCCCGGGCCGGGAGGGGAUGCGAGCAUGGCCAUGGCCCAGGCCGGGGCCGCGGCCGCCGCCGCCACCGGGCUCCUGGUCUUCCUGCUCUACUCCGCCAUCCACAGGGUCGAGGAGGGACACCUGGCCGUGUACUACAGGGGUGGAGCGUUGCUGACCAGCCCCAGCGGCCCUGGCUACCACAUCAUGCUCCCCUUCAUCACCACCUUCAAAUCCGUGCAGACCACGCUGCAGACUGAUGAAGUGAAGAAUGUGCCUUGUGGGACAAGUGGUGGUGUUAUGAUCUACAUUGACCGAAUAGAAGUUGUGAACAAGCUGGCCCCAUAUGCAGUGUACGACAUCGUCAGGAAUUACACCGCUGACUACGACAAGACCUUGAUCUUCAACAAAAUCCACCACGAGCUGAACCAGUUCUGCAGUGCCCACACCCUGCAGGAGGUGUACAUUGAGCUCUUUGAUCAGAUAGAUGAGAACUUGAAGUUGGCCCUGCAGAAAGACCUCAAUGUCAUGGCACCAGGUCUCACCAUCCAGGCCGUGCGUGUCACAAAACCCAAAAUUCCAGAGGCCAUCCGGAGGAACUUCGAGCUGAUGGAGGCUGAGAAGACCAAGCUGCUGAUUGCAGCCCAGAGGCAGAAGGUGGUGGAGAAGGAGGCAGAGACAGACAGGAAGAAAGCACUCAUUGAGGCAGAGAAGGCUGCUCAGGUGGCCAGGAUCCACUACCAGCAGAAGAUCAUGGAGAAGGAAACGGAGAAGCGAAUUUCUGAGAUUGAGGAUGCUGCAUUCCUGGCAAGGGAGAAGGCCAAAGCUGAUGCUGAGUACUACACUGCUCGGAAGCUGGCUGACUCCAACAAGCUGAAGCUGACCCCUGAGUACCUGGAGCUGAUGAAGUACCAGGCCAUCGCUGCCAACAGCAAGCUGUACUUUGGCGACCGCAUCCCCGGCGUGUUCCUGGACUCCUGUGCCUUCCAGCAGGCCAGCCUGAGGACUGCCCAGCAAGCAGCCUUCCUGCACAGGAAAGCCCAGAGAGCCCUGGAGAAAGCCCCCUGAGAGGCGAGGAGAGCAGUGGCUGAGGGGGCACGGGGAGCCAGCCCGGUGUAGCUCAGCACGAGGCCCUGUGCCUGGGGCGGAGGCAGCCCCUGCCUGCCUGCCUGCCUGCACUUCUUGUGUCUAUAGGUGGCAGCUGGGCUGAUUUUCUUCUAGCAACAGAUCACAAGGGCUCUGCCUCUUCUGUUUGUCCCCCUGUGAAAUUGGUGCUUCCAAAGGAGGGAUAAUCCUGUACUAACAUACCUAUACUGGAAUAUUAAAGGACAGACAGCAGGAAAGCCUCCCGGGGUAGGUGCAGUUAUUUAGCAGGAAGGAGAUGUGGCUCUGAGUGCUGUGUUGCUGCACUCUGGUCAUUGCUCAGCGCUCCUGGCUGAGUGAAGAGGAGGUUCCCCUCAUCCUGCUGCUGAAGCUUUGCUUGGUGAAGGUUUCUGCUGAUGCUGACUCGCUCUCCUCAAGGACUCCAGUGGAGUGGACUCUCCUUGGCCAGAGUGGUUUGCUGUGGAAUUAUGGGUUAUGGGAGUAGGAUCUGCACAGCCAUGAUAUUCCUGCAGACAGCAGUGCUAGAUAAUGACUUGGAGGAAGCAACCUCUGAAGGGAUUCUGUGACCCCUCUCUGCAAGCAAGAGAGCCUUGGGACUGACUGUGGUGCUCCCACUGGGUGGCUGAGUCUCUUUGCCUCCUAAAGCAGAUUUUCAGGAGCACCUUGGAGCAGCUGGUUGGGAACAGAGCCUGGCAAGUCUUUGCUCAGAUUCCAGCCUCCCUGUAAGUCAUUCACCAGGGAAAGGGGGCUGCAUUUCCACUGCUCUGCCGUGCUGGCAAAGUGAAGGGGAAGAGAGGAGUGAAAGGACCCUGCUGUGCAGCAGAUCAGAUGUUUGACACUUCAGCUGCAGAGUGGGUGAGGCAUCUCUGCUCCUUCAUGCAAAAUCCACUGCUCCAGGGAGUGGGACCUGCUUUGUAUGUCCUUGAGCAGCCAUGGCAAGGAGUGUGUCCCUGUCCUCUCAUCCCUGGCCAGGCUUGCUGGCAGAUGGAUCUCCUGUCCUGAUCUGUGCUGUGAUAUAUCCAACCCUGCUCCUGCCGUGGCAGGGUGAGGGAGAGGUGCUUGGGGAGGGGGGAAUCUGCUGGGACAAACCUGCUUUCUGCUUUCCCUCCUUCCUCCCCUGCUUGUGAGGGUGUGCUUGCUUUUAGGACCUGCUCCUCCUCCUCCUCCUCCUCGUGCUCUGUGAGGAUCUGGGAUGCAACACCUGGGGAAGCAGCUGGGGAGAGCUGGAAUGCCAUCCUGCAGCUGGGAGCACCCAGCACUGCCUGCUGCAUGUUCAGAGACCUCUCCCUGUGCAUCCCUCCUGCUGUCCUGUCCCCUCAGAGCAGCCAUGCCACCCUUGGAGGGGCUGGUGACACUCUGGGCACUUGACCUUUUGAAAUCUGUCCCUGGCUCCAUCUGCAGCCUCGUG